GUCUGGUAGCCCCUGAGAACGAGUUUCAGGAGCGCUGAUCAGCUCUCCUCCCUCAGCUGCAUCUCAAAACCUCUUCACCACUACCUUCCAAUUGUUAGUACUCUUUGCUCUUUAGUUUCUUCUCAAUUUGAAGGCAACAUGUAUCUUGAUACAACGAGCUGGUGGUUCAAAAGGUCCAUUGGAGAAGUUGAUAAGAAAAAGGUUGAACCAAAUGGUGUUGCCCCGAGUUACCAGAGCGUUGCACUCAUUGUAGGCGUCACGGGCAUCGCCGGCAGUGGCUCGGCUGGGCUGGCCAACCUGCAUGUCGAAUACGUCCAAUGCGACAUUGCCAAAACCGAAGAAACGUAUUCCAAGUUGUCUCCGCUCACUGAUAUCACCCACAUUUUCUACGUCUCCUGGACGGGCUCCGAGGACUGUGAACUGAACACGCUCAUGUUCAGGAACAUCCUGGACGCCGUCAUCCCGAAUGCGCCGAAUCUCAAACACCUCAGCCUCCAAACAGGCAUCAAAUACUACUGGGGAAACAUGGCCGAAAUGGACAGCAGCAACCAGCCACACGACUGCCCGUUCUACGAGAAUAUGCCCAGACUAAAACAAGAGAACUUCUACUAUAACCUGGAAGACUUAGUCUACGAAUCGGCCCUGAGAAAGAACAGCUUAACCUGGUCCAUCCACAGGCCCGCCCUGAUUUUCGGGUUCUCCCCUUGCAGCAUGAUGAACACUGUCAGCACACUCAGCGUCUACGCCGCAAUUUGCAAGCACGAGAACAAGCCGUUGGUGUACACGGGCACUGAGGUCUCCUGGACCUGUUUGUGGGAUGCCGUGGAUGCCGACUUACUAGCCGAGCACUUCCUGUGGACGGCGACAGAUCCUAAGGCCAAGAACCAGGCCUUCAACAUUAACAACGGCGACGUUUUUAAGUGGAAGCACAUGUGGGAUGUGCUGGCGCAGCAGUUUGGGCUGGAGGCCGUGGGGUAUGAAGGGAAGGAGCCGGUUCUGUUGGAGGAUUUGAUGAAGGAUAAGGAGGGUGUGUGGGACGAGAUUGUGAAGAAGCACGAUCUGGUUCCGACGAAGCUGAGAGACAUAGCGGCGUUUUGGCUGGCUGAUGUUGUGUUCAGGAACAAGGAGACUCUGUGCAGCAUGAACAAGAACAGGGAGUUCGGGUUCAUGGGGUUCAGGGACACCACCAAGUCAUUUGUUAAUACUAUUAACAAGAUGAGAGCUUAUAGGUUCAUUCCUUGAGUGUGUUUAAUUAAUUACUACACCUAUGAUCGAUGGUAUAAGGACUGAAUAAGGAUGAAAUUAGCAGCUGAUGAUGAUUGUAAUACUGCUCGUAAUUAAGUUUUUGAAUAUGAUCUUGUGAUUGUUUGACUGGUUUUAUGAAACUACUAUAGCAAAUGAAAUGUUUGAUAUUAUUAUGGUUU